UGACAGCUAAACCGGAACUUGAGUUCCGGAAGUGUACAGCUUGAGUGUUUUGGGGGGUUGAACCGAAUCGAGGAGCGAUUUUUUUAACCAGCGGCUCCUUUAACAUCAGAUAAACGAAUUAACAAAACGAAUGCUGUCUUGGUUUAAGUUUUCUCCUACUCCUUGUGUCAACUUUCCUACCUGGCUAAAGUUUAUCUUUGCAAACAACCAAUCAGCAGAUUUCACAAAUAUCAGUGUUAAGCUUAGGUUAAGCACAAGGCAUCCAGAGGAAUUUCCAGUUGCUGCAGAAUCUGUUUGCUCACAGAGAAAUUAAGCCAAAUCAAGGCAUGGAGAAAACUCACCGCUGUUCUGACUGUGGGAAAAGUUAUGCUAAAAAGAGUAAUCUAAAUUUACACCAGCGCACUGACACUGGAGAGAAACCAUUUCACUGUUCAGACUGUGGGAGUCGUUUUUAUCAACUGUGUCUUCUUAAAAAACACCAGCUCAUUCACACUGGAAAGAAACCGCAUCACUGCUCAGACUGUGGGAAGAGUUUUAUUCAACUGAGUGAUCUUAAAAAACACCAGCGCAUUCACACUGGAGAAAAACCGUAUUGCUGCUCAGACUGUGGGAAGAGUUUCAGCAACCCGAGUAAUCUGAAUUCACACCAGCGCAUUCACACAGAUGAGAAACCGUAUCACUGCUCAGACUGUGGAAAGAGUUUUAAGCGUCCGGGUGAUCUGAAACGACACCAGCUCAUUCACAAUGUAGUGAAACCGUAUUACUGCUCAGCUUGUGGAAAGAGUUUCAGCAGCCUGAGUAAUUUCAAAAAACAUCAGCGACUUCAUACAGGAGAAAAUGUGUAUUGCUGCUCAGACUGUGGGAAGAGUUUUACUAGUCCGAGUGAUCUGAAACAACACCAGCUCAUUCACACAGGAGAGAAACCGUUUCACUGCUCAGUGUGUGGAAAGAGUUUUAACUUACUGAGUACUCUCAAAAAACAUCAUCGCAUUCACACUGGAGAGAAACCAUUUCACUGUUCAGACCCUGAGAAAAGUUAUGCUAAAAAGAAACAUCUGAAAAAACACCAGCGCAUUCACACUGGAGAGAAACCGUAUCACUGCUCAGACUGUGGGAAGAAUUUUAUUCAACUGAGUGAUCUUAAAAAACACCAGCGCAUUCACACUGGAGAGAAACCGUAUUGCUGCUCAGACUGUGGGAAGAGUUUUAUUCAACUGUGUGAUCUUAAAAAACACCAGCGCAUUCACACUGGAGAGAAACCGUAUUGCUGCUCAGACUGUGGGAAGAGUUUUAUUCAACUGUGUGAUCUUAAAAAACACCAGCGCAUUCACACUGGAGAAAAACCGUAUCACUGCUCAGACUGUGGGAAGAGUUUCAGCAACCCGAGUAAUCUGAAUUCACACCAGCGCAUUCACACAGACGAGAAACCGUAUCACUGCUCAGACUGUGGAAAGAGUUUUAAGCGUCAGGGUGAUGUAAAUCGACACCAGCUCACUCACAAUGUAGUGAAACCGUAUUACUGCUCAGCUUGUGGAAAGAGUUUCAGCAGCCUGAGUAACCUCAAAAAACACCAGCGACUUCAUACAGGAGAAAAUGUGUAUUGCUGCUCAGACUGCGGGAAGAGCCUUACUAGUCCGAGUGAUCUGAAACAACACCAGCUCAUUCACACUGGAGAGAAACCGUUUCACUGCUCAGUAUGUGGAAAGAGUUUUAACUUACUGAGUACUCUCAAAAAACAUCAUCGCAUUCACACAAGAGAGAAACCCUAUCUCGGUUCAGACUGAUGGGAGUGAUCUGGGAAGCCCCGCCCAUGCAUUCUGGACGUGUAUAUCCUUUAAUGUACACUUUGUAAGGCUAUUCCAUGGGGUACCCUAAUUGUCUUUGCACACCUCCGCUCCUCACCUUGGGCAUUGUGUUAAAAGUACCAUUAAUCAAUUGUUAAUCAAAUUAAGUCUGAAGCCUGGCCAAAAGGCAGUUGACACCUCUUGCUCGCAGAUGUCUACUGAGGUGAAGAAUCUUUUAAAUUCUGGAUCUGAAAUGUAUCUUGUUAAUAUGAAUUGUGAAUGUCUUCGUGUUUGGUAUCAUUUUAAUGGUCUCAGUGUGAGAAGUACAAUGGUCUCAGUGAAGAAAUGUUAAAGAUAACCUUAAUAGAACAUCUCGGAACUUUGAGAGGAAUGUCUCCAUUCUGAAGAGACACUCCCCUUCUUGCUCCUGAUGGGUUUAGGAUUGCCCCGUGAUGGUCAAAGGCCAUGAUGAACAAUGGUCAUGAUAGUCGGUAAAUAGUGCCAAAUUGUGUAUUGUUCUGGUAGGAUAUUUAAGGAAAGCACAAAGACCUACUCUCUGAGUUUAUCUGUAACCAAGAGACCUCCCAUGCUCUGCAUGUAACAACUAUUUUAAAUAUACUAUGCAACAUUGUAUUUCAAAUGUACUAUGCCAUAUUCUUAACUGUUAUCUUGUUUGACUUGGUCUUUAUAUUACUUUAGGAAUAUUGUUAUAUUGUUUCACAUGGCAAUUUAAGUCACAAUAAACCAUUAACUGUUAAUCUGUAGUAAUUACUUUGUUGAGGCUUUUUCUUAGUAGGCCUAGGAGCCAAAGAGGUCUGUAGUCUGAGAUUCUUUGAGUUUCUAGACCUUCAUAGUUAUAUAGUGAGUUUCACUGGGUGCUAUACCAAGCUCUUAACCGCUGAGGGGCACAUGAAGUUUGAGUGUUAUGUUCUGUAACUGUUUAUGUAGAUUAGAUUGAACCGCUGAACAUCUCAACCUAGGUACCGGGCUGUUUUCACAUGUUAUGUAGUAUUGUUGGCUAUGCCAUAUUUAAAACCUCUGAGGGAAACAGAUAAGAUUGAGUGUUAUGUUCUGUAACCGCUAGUGUAGACUAAGUUCUGGACCGCUGAACAUCUCAACCCAGGUACCAGGCUGUUCUCACAUGUUAAGUAGUAUUGUUGUCUAGCUUUUAUGCCUAUAUCUCCUAUCACUGAACUAUUUAACCAGACCUGGUUUUAUUAGACUGAUUCUACUUCUCAAGUAAGUUUGUCACUGAUAAUAGUUAACUGGUAAUUUGUGUUGUUAGAAUAUCAUGUUCAUUUAGAAGGGCAAGGUUGUUUCAUGUUGUGACAGGAUGCAAGGACAAGAUGUUGACAACUGCAGAGGGAGAUACACGCUAUUUGAGUGAUUGUGCUAGUAACAAGUCAAGUAGUCAAGUAGUUUUAUUGUCAGUACUGCAUAUGUACAGGACAUACAGAGAAUUGAAAUUACGUUACUCUCCUUCCCAAUUUUACAGCAAGUACAGAUAAAAGAUAGAUAAUAAAAGAGAGAAUGGGAGACACUAUGUGUACAAUACAGCAGGGACACAAAUAGACAUACAUGAGACGGAAACAAGGUGCAGUAGUGGUGGGGAGAAAUAGAUAUAUAAAUGUAAGUAAAAAUAAAUAAGAUAUAUAAUCUAAAAGAGUGGGAGACACUAUAUGUACAAUACAACAAGACACAAUAAACCUAAGUAAGACGAAAGACAAUAGUGCAAUAUUGAUGAUGAUUGAGAUGGAAUGACGGUAUAAAUAGAACCCGUAUAACAGUAGUGCAAAUAUGGUAUAUAGCUUAAGGCUGGUAAAGUGAAAAAACCUCUCCUUAGAAAGGCCAGAAGACACCGAAGGCCACGGGAACGGACAACAACAUGAUGUUUGGACUUUGUGACGUACACCUUGUUGAUGCAACAUAUGUAAUGCAUUGUCAUGUGUAAUCAGUAGUGUAAUGUUGAUACAUUUAAAGAACCAAUCCUAGACACAAUUAUGUCAUUAUUGAAUUUUAUAGAACCAAUUAGAACAUGUAUCCUGGUAAAGUAGACUUACAUGUAAUUGUUAUUCAAGUAUAACUGUUAAUGCAGAGACAGAAAAGUCAAGACUUUUCCUGUAGCUCUCGAGAUUGGAAUACUUUACUUUUGACCAUCUACAACAUUGGUCAAAUGUUGGUCACCAGCGCAUUCACACUGGAGAGAAACCGCAUAACUGCUCGGAGUGUGGGAGGAGUUUUAAAUAACUGAGAUCUCUCAAAAAACACCAGCGCAUUCACACUGGAGAGAAACUGCAUCAAUGCUGAGACUGUGAAAACAGCGUCAGGCAUUUGUAUACAUUUCAGAAACACAAGUGCUGAGGUACGAGAUAAGCUCUCCAUUGACUUUCAUUCAUUGCAAGAUAUCUUUGAAGCAAUAAUAAAGUUUUCUUCCAGACAUUU